AAACAAAAAAUGCUAUUCUCUGGAAGAAUAGAGAUCUAGUAAAAGAUCUAGAAGAAGAAUAUGAGUAUGCAACUAAUCAAGCAUUAAACUUAGACAGAAAAGAUUUUGAAGCAAUGCAAAAACAAAUAGAACAAUAUGAAAGUGAACCAUUACAAGAACAAUAUCAAGCAAAAUAUAGAGAACUAUUAGGAGUAUCUCUAGAAAACCUAGAUAAAAUACAUAACAUAGAAGACGAAGAAGAAUGA